AUGCCUCACCUUUACCGUCAUUUCAGAGUUAACCAGGUAUUCGGCGCUAAUACAGACGUCGGAAAGACACUCCUAACGACUGCUCUCCUCCUCGCUGAAUCCCGACGGACGGCUAACAACAUCUACUAUCUAAAACCAGUCAGUACAGGUCCGGACGCUGAACAGGAUGAUGCCUUCCUACAGCGGUUUUCUACCACCGAUAGAAUAAAACAUCACACGUUAUACCGUUACUCUGAUCCUGUCUCUCCUCAUUUGGCUGUUUCGAGAGAAUCAGUGGAGAAGAAACCGCCAUCCGAUAAGGAAUUUGCGAGAUCUAUCGGUGACUACAUCACCAAUACAGCAGCUUUACCUAAUACACACUCUCUUUAUGUGGAGACUGCAGGUGGUGUGCACUCUCCAACGCUCAGUGGUACGAGCCAAGCAGACGCUUAUAGGCCGCUACUAUUACCUACAAUCUUUGUUGCGUCAUACCACUUGGGUGGUAUCAGCACUACGCUGGCAGCUUACGAAAGUCUGCACAUACGUGGAUACAAUAUAGACACUAUCCUCGUCUUUAAGGAAGAAUAUUACGCCAAUUACCAAUAUUUGACAGAAUGGGCACAGGAGAGGGGAAUACACGUAGCCACCAUCGAUCAACCGCCAUCACGGGACAGCAAUGCACUCAACGACGAGAAAGCCUUGUCAGCAUAUUUCAAUAGCUUAUCGACCAAUGACGAAAGUCCAGUCGUGAGAGCAUUAGAAGAGCUCGAUAGGCGACACCAAGCACGUAUAGAUGAAGUGGAAGGUUUGCCUGACCGCACACUUAAAAGCAUUUGGUACCCUUUCGCACAACACAGUCAUAUCACAUCCUCGUCUCAGAUUGGUGUAAUUGAUAGCGCACACGCCGAUAAUUUCGACGUUUACAGACCAAAUCGGGAUAGUACAAGCUUGCUAAAGCAGGAGUUUGACGGUAGUGCAUCUUGGUGGACCCAGACGCUUGGACAUGGUAAUCCAACCUUAGCAUUAGCGGCUGCCCAUGCUGCUGGACGCUAUGGACAUAUCCUCUUCCCAGGACACACUCACAAACCCGUUUUAGAACUCUGUGAAAGACUCCUCGAGGGUCCAGGCAAAGGCUGGGCGAAUAAGGCUUUCGUCACUGAUAAUGGAAGUACCGCUAUGGAGGUUGCCCUUAAGAUCGCCCUCAGAGCCGCAUCUAAAAAGUACGGUAGAACACAGAGAGGUGUGAUAGGUCUCAGUGGUAGCUAUCAUGGCGAUACAAUUGGUAGUAUGGACGCUUCUGAGCCUUCGGUUUACAAUAAUGCUGUAGAGUGGUACUCGCCAAGAGGAGGCUUCUGGUUUGAUGCACCGCUGAUCAAGUACAAAAGUGGAAAAGUUAUACUAAAAGGCGCUGUUGCUAUGGGUGUACCUGAAAAUGCCGUUGUUAAUGGAGAUUACUGGGAGAUCGCCAUCUCUGAUUCACUUUCUGAUGCCUACAAUCUCGACAAACGUAUUAAGUCUGAUUUAUCUACUUUAUACAGAGACUUCGUUCAGCAGACGCUCAUAAAGCUUGUCGGAGAAGGCAGGCAAUUCGGUGCAUUAGUGCUCGAACCAUUGAUUAUGGGUGCAGGUGGAAUGCUUUCUGUUGACCCACUUUUCCAACGUGUAUUGAUAGACACAGUUCGUGCUAACGAGAAGCUGUUCGCCGAACAAGCUGGAGAGGCCUAUACUGAGGGACAAGAAUGGGAUGGAUUACCAGUCAUUUUUGAUGAAGUCUUUGUUGGACUGUACAGACUUGGACAACUUACGCCUGUGUCAAUCCUUGGUACAGCACCUGAUGUAUCGGCUUACGCUAAAAUACUGUCUGGCGGAAUCGUACCAUUGUCGACUACCUUAGCAAGACAAAGUAUGUUUGAUAAUUUCCUAGGAGAGGAGAAGAAGGAAGCUUUAUUACAUGGUCAUUCUUACACGGCCCAUCCAAUUGGCUGUUCAGUUGCGAAUUCGUCCUUCGAAGAAAUCAAGAAAUUGACAACAAGCGAUGACUGGAAGGCAUCAAAAUCUGCUUGGAAUAGUGAAAGUGAGAACGCCAUAUGGAGCUUAUGGAAUCCUGAGACGGUCAAGACAUUAGCCAGCUUGGAUAAUGUUGAUGGUGUUCUUGCACUCGGUACUGUACUUGUUGUACACCUCAAAUCAUCCGGUAAAGGCUACGAAAGUGGAGGUGGACAGCGCUUCCUUGCAACACUCGCUAAUGAGGGUAUACACUCCCGACCACUCGGCGACACGAUCUACUUUAUGUCAAGCUUGAACACGUCUAGAGAGACGAUAAGAGAAGUAGAAAGCAAAGUGAUAGAAGGAAUUAAAAAAUUUGAUGUUUAG